AGGAAGAUGAUAUAGUGAGCCCGAUGAAGAACAGUCGUUUGUCCUGACCGUUUCUGAACGCUGCUGAGUGGACCCUGAACGCACCACGAUGUCUCACUCGGACGGAGAGUCCCAGAGGUCCAACAUGGAGCGGGAGGACACCCGCUCGUCCCCCAGCAGCCCGUCCACCCCCUCCGUGUGCUCGCCCACCUCCACCAGCAGCUCGGUGCCGUCCGACGGGAAGAACCUGUGCGCGAGCUGCGGGCUGGAGAUCCUGGACAGAUAUUUACUCAAGGUGAACAACUUGAUCUGGCACGUGCGCUGUCUGGAGUGCUCGGUGUGCAGGACGUCACUGCGUCAGCACAGCAGCUGCUACAUCAAAAACAAGGAGAUCUUCUGCAAAAUGGAUUAUUUCAGUAGGUUUGGUACUAAGUGUGCCCGAUGCGGGCGGCAGAUUUACGCCAGCGACUGGGUGCGCCGUGCGAGGGGAAAUGCCUACCACUUGGCCUGCUUUGCAUGCUACUCAUGCAAGAGGCAGCUGUCCACGGGAGAGGAGUUCGGGUUGGUGGAGGAGAAGGUCUUGUGUCGGAUCCAUUACGACACCAUGGUGGAGAACCUCAAACGGGCAGCUGAGAGCGGCAACGGCAUCACAUUAGAGGGAGCCGUUCCAACGGAACAAGACAGUCAACCCAAACCGGCCAAAAGAGCACGGACGUCUUUCACUGCAGAGCAGCUACAGAUUAUGCAGGCGCAGUUUGCUCAAGACAAUAAUCCAGAUGCCCAAACGCUACAGAAGCUAGCCGACAUGACGGGCCUCAGCAGGAGAGUUAUACAGGUGUGGUUUCAAAACUGCAGAGCAAGACAUAAAAAGCACACGCCCCAACACAGCGGGGCUCCCCAGGGUCAUCCUCAGUCCAGGAUACCCUCCUCCCUGCCCGAGGAGCUGCAUUACUCCCCCUUUGGCAGUCCGGAGCGAGCGCGGAUGGUGGCUCUUCACGGCUACAUCGACAGUCAUCCCUUCUCCGUCCUGACUUCUCAGAGUCUCCCUCACCAGGCCAUGUCGCUGCCCCAACUCCCCCUCAGCCGCUAGCGCCCCACCAGGACCCCCUGAGCCGUGGAUCUGUGACUCUG